AUGCAGCGCCACAAACGUUUGUUGAGUCUGAUCGUCUGGCUGCGCUCAAACCCCACACUCGUGCAGCGUCCAAUGUUGCACAGCAGGACAUACGCGGAGGAUAGCUUUGAGUCAAGGCCUCAGCGAAAGGAAGGUACCAACAACGCUAAGCUCCAGCUACGGUUGUAUGACACGGUCCGACUGGCGGGCGGACCCAGCUGUACACGGACGGAGCCCGGGUCUGCGGUAGCGUUACGCGAGCCAUUUCCAUUCAAGAUAAACACGACAAGCCAAGUCGGGCGAUGUCACAAACCCCACGCAAAGUCUAUGCUGAUGCCGGAAGUGCCCAGCAACAUGGAGUCAGACAACCCGGGUGCCCAAAAGGGACGGGAACAACGAAGCAGGCACCCGUUGCACAAACACACGACCUGGAACACCAACUUUAGCCUGAACUUUGAUUGGGCGCAGGCUCCUUAUCGCGCUCGGGUGUCCGUAGGCAGCAAGUGUGGCGCGGCGCGAGGCAUCUAUUCUUACGACGGGCACCACUGCCACUGGCCGCCGGUGCGGCUAGCACUCGCUCUAGUCUGGCGGCCCCUGCAGCCCAACAUGGCGCCAUGCAUGCACGCGUCGGGACAGGCGGAACAAGGCGUGGACGUGCGACACGCGCUGCGAUCCCCGCCACCCCGCGAGCAUCCCGCGGCGACACGCACUGGCAGAUGCAGAUUAGCUUCCGCGGCCGCCCAGGGCGAUUUGCACCAGGGGCGACACGGUGGUGGUGGUGAUAGUGGGACUACAAACAACCAGCAAGACCUCCUUGUCUUGCAUCAUGCACAGGGCCCACCACGCGUAUUUCAAAUGCUCAUCACGCAUAGCAACCGCAGCCCCGUCCAUGCCUUGCCAGUUGCCCUUGGGCAUGCAUGCGAACGUCGUGAUUUGGAUUCGGAUGCGGAUGCGGACAAGGAGGGUGUGCGCACACACGCGCGGAUGCUUCUGGUGCCCUCUGUGGUAGGGAUCGUGGCCGUCGCGCGCCACAAAGGCUCUCUCCUCAUAGGCACGGUGCGCUCCGUGCGCCCAGCGAAUGCGAACGCAAGCGCAAGCGUCGCCGGUGCAUAUCGCCGGAAGGCACGCGCGACCAGCAUCAGAUCAGACUGGCCGUUCGCCGCCGCACGUCGGAACCUACACCGGGCGGGCGCCCCUGCGGCCCGGAGCACGACGCGGCGGCGAUGGCUAGUGUGCCGAGAAUGGCAGGACUCCGAUGCGAGCGGCGCGCGCUCCUGCGUGGACCCGGGGGCUAUAGCCCCGCGCGCGCGAGCGUGGACGGCCGCCACAGCUGCGCACGACGGCUUGAUCUGCUUCGCACCGAUGGCUUGGGCUGGUGUUGCAUCCGCCCGCGACCACUACACCUCCCAGGCUAGGGACGUGGGCGAUCGCACCCGCCUCUAUCUUCGUGCGGCGCCUGCUGUCGCACCUCCGGUGUGCGCGCUAAGCGUGGUCACACUGCGGGCAGGACGGAAGAGGACAGGGUGCCCUGUGUGCCCGGGGACGCAGGCCGAUCAGUGGGUGCCGCCGGGCGAGACGUGCCAGGCUGGAUCAUCCCCUGGCGGCCAGGAUGCUGGUGCUGGACAAGAGAGAAGCCUGUUUCAGCUCGAGUGCGCACGCUCGCUGGCACUGGCACUGGGUGCGGGAUGGGUGACAGCGCGGGGAUCCGACGAGAGGGAGGAUAUGGACAUAUUGUGUGGUCGUGAGGGCGCGCGGACGCACCGCGGGCGCUGGCUGUCAGCGGGCGCGAUCUGGUGCGGGGGGACGGCCGAGAAUGGCAAGGGGGAACGGGAGACGGGUGCGUGGGCAUGUGCGUGGGCGGGUUCUUGUGAGGCGAGGGCUGGUGAUUGGGGUUGUCCUGGGGAUGGGACGGCGAGCGUGGGAUGGAAGGCCCAUAACAGGUGCGCAGCCAAGAUCGCCCUGCCUGCGCCCGUGCCCGUGCAGACGCCGCACUAUCCUCGUCUUGUUCCUGGCGACGCACUCGCACCUGCACCUCACUGCCCCCCGACCCUCGACGCCCUCCAGUUUCGCCGUGCUUCCUUUCCCCAACUCCCCUUCCAGGCCGACGCGUUCCGUGGUCCCUCCUCCUCCUCGUCGCACAUCUAUCCCGACUCCCGUUCGCAUCUGCACCAUACACCGUCCCUCUCCGCCCCCGCAUUCUCUUCGCCAGCACAUCCGCAUCCACACCCCGCCCGUACCCAUCCUCAGCACCUGCACUCGCACCCGCACCCACAUUCCUCGCCCGCGUCCGCGUCCGCAUCCAGCGCGCCCGUCGGCCAGACCACCACCUGCAUCCCGUCGCUCAUCCCGCCCGGUAUGGACCCCGCGCAGGUCGACAUGCGCAACUUCUACCCGUACCAGCCGAACGAGGUCAAGCACCGCAAGCGCACGACGCGCUCGCAGCUCAAGGUCCUCGAGGACGUCUACAAGUCCGACACCAAGCCCAACGCGGCCCUCCGCAAGAAGCUCGCCACCGAGCUCCAGAUGAAACCGCGCGGCGUCCAGGUUUGGUUUCAGAAUCGCCGCGCAAAGUCAAAGAUGCUUGCGAAGAAGGCGGCGGCCGCGCGCCCAGCGUCUUCCUCUGCGAGCACCGUGCGCGAAAACAGCGCGAGUCCCUCGCCGCCGCCCUCGCCCGCGCUGCAGGCGCUGGACCUGACCGAGCGAAUGCAGGAGAGCUUCGACCCGGACGCGCUCUCACCGCAAGGGGAGGCGCACGCCCAUGGACGUGAGGGCUCGGGGACGUCGUCUUCGAGCUCUUCGGGAGACACGGUCACGUACGCGUGCACCUCGCCGACCCCGCGAAACGGCAUGGCCGAGCACCGGCAUCAGCAUCCGGGCACGGCGUCACCGACGAUGCUGUCCCACCCUCCAAACGCACACCCACUACCGCCGCGCAGCGACUCGCUCCCCGACAUCGCGAUGCACUUCGACGUGCCCUUCGCGUCGCCCUCGCCGGCGGAGUCGAGCGCGCACCAGCACCAGCACCAGCACCAGCAUGACAACGACAGCGCGUUCGGCGCGUACACCCUGUCCGCGCUUCCGUUGCGCCCCGGCAGACACCACGAGCACGAGCACGCGCACGGCCCGUACAGCAGCAGCGCGCUCGCGCCGCCCGCGCACGACCUCCUCGCGCACCGGCGGCCGUCGCUCCCGAUCCUCCCCAUGGCCCAGUACCACGCGCGCGCGUACGGCCAGGGCAGCCCGUACGUGUCUGCGUCUGCGGCGCCCGCGUAUGACCCGGCGCUGCGCCGCGCGUCGAUCGCGGUCCCGGCGGACGGGCAUGCGAUGCGGCUCUGCAUGCACCCGUACGCGUACGUCGCGGCCGCGGCGAACCACCAGGGCCCGAGCGCGAGCCGGAACCUGAGCCCAGACGCGGAUAUGCGCUUGAGCCCGAACAUGGAUCGAAACUUGAGCCCGAACAUGGAUCGAAACUUGAGCCUGAACGCGAGACUGCGCGUGAGCAUGAACGACCAGGAGCCUGUAUUCCCGCGCGCGCGGUACGCGAUGGCGCUGGAGCCCGUGAGCCCGCACACGCAGGCGCCGCCGCCGAACAUCUCGGCGCGGUAUGGGCUGCUCGCGCACGGUGCGGGCGGGCAUGGGCAUGGCGCGUAUGUGAUGUCGACGCGCGAGAUGGGCCCGCCGAUCCCGGGGCCGCUGCCCGCGCCGGGCUUCUCGUUUGGCGCGCCUGCGGGCGGCUUCGAGGGGUACGAUGCGGGUGCGAGCGAGGGCGAGGGCGCGUACAGCACGGACAAGGGUGCAUAUAGCACGGGUGACGGCGCGUACAGUACGGUGCACCGGGGCUCGCUCUCGAGCGAGGCGGACACGGAGGGCAGCGAGUACGACGCGGUGUCGCGGUUUGGCAGUGUGGCGAGCGUGGCGGGGAGCGAGACGAGCUGGACGAGCUACUAUGAGAGCGACGAUGGCGGGAUGAAGGAGGGCGCGGCGAUGUGUGAGGAGAGACGAGGUAGCUGCGGCACCUCUAUGCAGAUCCUCGAGAUGUUCUCCAGCAUGGGUGUCAGCUCGGCCUCGCAUCCAUACCCGCACCCGCACUCGCAAUCCAGCCCAAGCCUCCUCGCGCAUUGCAGCGACGACCCACAAUCCAGCCCGACACAGGAUGCGUCCAUGAUGUAUGCGCCCGUCGCUGGCAGGAGCAGCCUCAGCCCGCCGACGGUGCAGCGGUCGACCUCGAGCGAGCUCGCAUACGCGCUGAGCCAUGAUCGGUGUGGCGGGUCGGAGAAUGCCGAGAGGAGCGCACCCGCACUCCCGUCUGGCUUCGAGUAUGCCGACCCGCCGCCUGGUCCAGGGGAUGGCGGGAGCGCGAGCAGCAGUCCGCAGGGCCAGUACGGCUAUCCGCAGGCACGGGACGGCUACGCGCAGGCACAGGACGGCUACGCGCAGGCACAAGACGGCUACGCGCAGGCGCAGGACGGUACGCCCAAGCGCGGGUACCCAGGCACCGCCUACGACGUGCCCACGUACGCCGAGGCGUACGGCCUGGAUGCGGGCACGUAUGCGUACACGAGUCCGGGCGGCGGGCAGGAGCCAGACACGGUGUACACCGGCGGCGUCGAGAUCUCCGAGCGAAACAUGUGCAUACCCGCGUCGGCAGGCCUGCAGUAUGUCGGGUUCGGUGCGUAUGGUGCGGCGGGGUAUUCAUAG